AUGCUGGAAUAUGCAAAUGACAAUGACAUCAACUUACUUUUAAUGCCAAGCCACACGUCUCACUACCUCCAACCACUAGAUCGUACGGUGUUUAAAUCACUGAAGACUCAUUUUUACGAGCAGUGUCGACUUUGGCUAAAACAAAAUCCUGGUCGUCGUAUAACACGAUUAUCAUUUGGAAGAUUGCUUAAUAAGGCGUGGGGAAAGGCAGCGUCUGCAGAGAAUGCAAUUGCGGGUUUUAAAGCUACAGGUGUCCACCCCUUCAAUCCAUCUGCAAUUCCCGACUACGCGUUUACCCAAGAAUUGACAAAGCAAAUGUCUAAAUCUCAAAAUGAGUGUACAGCCACUGUUAUGGUCGAGGAGCAAGAAGAAAAUACUAGUAACAUAGCUUCUGCUAAUCUAGAACCAGUUCCAAAUACUUUCGAAGUGCGACAAGACAUAUCACCUGCAAUCGCUGAGCCAAAAUACCUCUGUUGA